AUGCUCCGGAGUCGGUGGCCAGACCUCCCGCCGGAGCUUCUCCACGAGAUCUCGAGCCGCCUGCACGACAGCACCGACUUCGUCCGGUUCCACGCGGUCUGCAAGCCAUGGCGCAGCACACACGACCCAUCUUUCGCGAGGAAGACGACGAGCGAUCAGUUCCAGCCAUGGCUCCUGGCGCCCAACGAGACGGGCGACUACUACCUCAAGCUCAGAUUCGUCUUCUCCAAGAAGUCCAGCUACCUUGCGCCGUCGCCAAUACCUGGCACUGCGAGGAACUGGGUGACCAGGGCCGAUGGCACGGGGGUCUGCUACUUCACCUCUAAUUCCCCCGCCGGCCCAACCCUCCACGACGCUCUCACCGGAACAGCCAUGGCCAGCUUGCCUGCCUUUCGUGAUGGCCAAUGGGAGGAGGAUAAUCCCAACGGCAUCAUCUACAACGACGGCACCGUCCUUGUGUACACCAAACACGGCAACAGCUACAGCGAGGGCCAGACGGCCAACGUCAGGGCCGCGCUCUUUCGUCCCGGCGACAAGGAGUGGACAGUCGUCAAGAGGACCAUGGACUCCCCCUACUACGGCGAGUACUGUGUCGCGUAUCACGCUGGCAAGAUCCUUGUCACCGUGGAGCGCAGCCUGUGGCAAGUAGUCGUCCCCCUGACCACGACCACGACUCCUCCGUCCACCGCCGGCGAGGAAUUCCUGCAGGUCCUACGGCCGUCCUCAUUGCCGCUCGACGAGGAUGGCUACUUCUAUGAGUACAGCCAUGUGCUGGAGUCCCGGGGCGAGCUUCUGUGGGCGUCGGUGCACAUCAGCGUGGAUUACCCUUACUGUUAUAGGAGGGGCGUCCGAGGCCUCACCCGCGCUCUCUCGGUGUUUGUGCACUCUCUUGAGGAGGCUCCGGUUCGGCGAUGGGUGCCCAAGAAAGGCGCAAGCCUAGCCGACCGCGUCUUGUUCCUGGGUUGGCCCAACAGCUUUGCCGUGGACGCCUCACGGCUGGGCAUGACCGCCGGCGGCUUCGUCUACUUCUUGUACGACAAUGAUAAGGGCACUUGCCUGCCGCAUAAGCGACGUGGCGUGUUCAGGUAUAAUCUCAUGAACAACACCACAAAGUUCAUUCAGUGGCUGCCUAAAGGAUGGGACAACGAGAUGUGCACCUGGCUCAUCCCCCAGCCCGUCAUAGCUCCAAUCCGCCACAAGGACAUGUGUUGA